CUCCUUUGCCACCCGCCACCUUCGCGCAACCGCGCUCCUCUCGCCUCUCCUCGUCUUCCUCCUCCGUGUCUUCCCUUCUCCUGCUGUCCUGGAUCUCACGGGGUGACAGUUCCUCGAAUAAAAAAUGGCCGACAGCAACAACGCCGCUGCCGGCAGCAAUAGCAGUGGAGGAACGAACAACGCCGAGGUUCAGAUACAGAUCCCAGGACCAUCCAAAGCAGAAGGUUCAGCAGCAGCUCAGGAAACACCCGGCAAGCCCUUGCGAUGGUGGGUGAUGGUGGCAGUGGACGUGUUCUUCCUCAUCGCCGGUCAGACAUCGGCGACUCUGCUCGGCAGAUACUACUACACCCAGGGCGGCCGCAGCAAGUGGAUAUCAGCGUUCGUGCAGACAGCCGGCUUCCCGAUACUGUUCUUCGCCCUCUUCUUCUUCCCUGCCAAAUCACCCGCCUCCUGCAGCAACACUCCCAUGGCCAAGAUCGCCGUGAUAUACGUCGUCCUGGGGCUCAUCAUAGCCGCAGACGACAUGAUGUACUCCAGCGGCCUGAAGUACCUCCCUGCUUCGACCUACUCGCUCAUCUGCGCCAGUCAGCUGGCGUUCAAUGUCGUCUUCUCCUACGUCCUCAACUCCCAGAAGGUCACUCCUCUGAUAUUCAACUCGGUGGUGCUGCUCACGCUGUCUGCUUCACUCCUCGGCGUCAGCAAGGAAUCUCAGGGGGUCACCGGCGUCUCGGGAGGAAAGUAUCUCCUCGGCUUCGUGCUGACGCUGGGAGCCUCGUGCACCUACUCGCUGAUCAUCUCCCUGAUGCAGCUCACCUUCGAGAACAUCAUCAAGAAGCACACCUUCUCGGCCGUGCUGAACAUGCAGAUAUACACGGGGCUCGUGGCGACGUUCGCCUCCGUCGUGGGGCUCUUCGCGAGCGGCGAGUGGAGAUCCCUCAGGGGCGAGAUGAACGCGUUCCGGUCGGGGCAGUUCUCCUACCUGAUGACGCUGGUGUGGGCGGCCGUGUCGUGGCAGAUCGCCGGCAUCGGGGUGCUCGGCCUGAUCUUCGAGGUGUCGGCGCUCUUCUCCAACGUGAUCAGCACGGUGUCGCUGCCGGUCAUCCCGUUGUUCGCGGUGAUGGUGUUCCACGACAGGAUGAACGGGGUGAAGAUCGUGGCCAUGCUCAUCGCCAUCUGGGGCUUCGCUUCGUAUCUGUUCCAACACUAUCUCGAUGGCAAGAAAGCUAAGAAGGCUUCAGGUGAUAGUGCGCAGGGGUGAUCUGAUUGAUGUAGUGGCCAUCGUGAUCUUGUCGUGGUAGAGAUCGAUUGCUCUCCGCCGAUAAUCUUAGCUAGUUUGUUGGCUGCGAGGGACUAGAUGUUCGUUAAUCGUUACUGAAGUUAUUUUGCAGGUUAUUCGUCAGAUAAACUAAAAGUAGUGCUUUUUUCGGUGCUAUCUAUGUUCAGAUGUACAUCUUUUUUUUUUCUGGAUUACUACUUUGCUAGUAGUUUUAUUUGAUAUUUUCUUCUUGUGCGGUCUGUAAGGAUAUGAUGCAUGUCACGAAAUAAGAAAAUUAGUACAGUAGUAAAAGAACUAUAUAUUUGCUUUAUCCUGUCUUACAUCAGGUUGACGCUCGUAGUGUUUCUGUUGCGGAAAAGAAUCUGU